GACUCGGUGACACACCUACACGGGCGCCGCAGGUCGGCGGUGCUUCGCCCUUCGGCCCGCGCUUGGUUGGGCUAGCUCCAAAUGAGGAGCCUCAUCCUGGUCCAACUGCUUCUGUGCCAGGCGAUCAUAUGUGCGGAGGCUGGCAUCAACGGCUUUCACAAAUGGUUUGUCCAGGAGUUUCCAACUGCUGUCACAGACGCAUCUCGGGUGGAAAGCUUCGACCAUGUCUGUAUAGACAUGAAUCAGAUCCUGCACGUGGCGAUGCGGAAAGCAAGAGAUGAAGACCACGCCAUCCGUCGCAUCUUUAGGGAUGUCAACCUCACGCUCAAGCGUUGUCCGCCUCGAAAGAGUGUUGUCUUCGCGUUCGACGGAAGCGCACCGCUCGCGAAGCUGCUUGUCCAGCGAAGCCGACGGGAAAACUCCAAACGCAACUCGAAAUAUCGAAUGAGCGCCCUCCACCUCUCCCCGGGAACCAAGUUCAUGGAAGAUGUGGCGUCUGCGAUGGAGUACUAUGCUUUUCAGGAGUGCACGCGACCGUGUUAUCAAGGUGUCAAGUUUUACAUUUCUGGGGCGAACGUGCCGGGCGAAGGGGAGCUAAAGUGCAUUGAUUGGUUGAAGCAUAUGCCCAAGCCCGACGAAAGUGCGGUGAUUGUGGGUGGCGAUGCCGAUUUGAUACUCCAGGGACUCGCUCUUAGUGAGGUGAAGAACACGUUCAUCUGUUCACAGACAGACGCCGGUUCGUACCGCCUAUCAUCCAUUUGGGAGGUGGUCCGCUCGUUGGAGGCGAUGUUCCCUGGACAGUCGGCGUUGGUGCGUAUUGAUCUGGCCGUUCUGAUCAUGCUGAACGGUAAUGAUUAUCUUCCGAAGGUCAGAGGGGUCUCCUUCAGUCGCUGUUUCCAGGCGUACCAAGCGCUCAAAAGGGGGAAGCACCGGGGUGUCCUUCUUGCCUUGCCCAGUGACAACUUCUUGGUCGACGGGGACAAGAAGAGCAUCUGCUGGGAAUUUCUGCAAGACCUGUUGGCUGACAUGAUACCGAGCAUCGUCGCGGAGGCGGAAGGUUACCUUGCCGUCAGCCUCGAGCAAAUGGAUCUGAACAAUCGCUAUCCACCUGCUGGAUCGGUGUUUAAGAUGGCAGUGCAGCAAGGGAGACUUGGGGAUGGCGUGGAAAUCGAAGUGCACGACUUGUCAGAUGAAGUUUCCGGAUCGUCAGGCGGCACAAAGAAAUGGAAGUCCGUCACUUGGGUGCGGGGGAAAGAGUACACCUACCACUUCUUGCAUGUUGGAAAAAAGAAGACUGUGAUGCACUUAGCGGCGGAAAAACUGCUGGAGGAACUGUUGCCAGAUUUGUAUGACGAAUUUUUGGAGCAAGAGAAAGCCCGCCUUUUGGAGCAAGCCCAGCUUGAUCAGGAGAACGAGGACAUCGAUUCGAACCUUGAUAAAGAUUCUGGUGCAGAGAAUGGGAGGGAAUGCAGCAGUCGGAAGGGCAAGACACCACUGUUCGAUGUGGAGUCGUUCCUUUUGGGGGUUCUCUGGAAUCUGCAAAUGUACAUCGACGGAUAUGUGCCAAGCUUCUACUGGAGAUACAGCCCGCGCUAUUCGCCCUCGUGCGCGGACAUCGUCUCCUGGGUGAAGCUCGCGAGUGAAGACAAGCUCGCCAAUUUGGCCGUACCAGUUGUUGGAGCGCCACCCCUGCCGGCUUCAAUUGCUUGUCUUUGCAUGCUGCCGAUGACAGACAGGGGCAAGAGUUUUCUUCCGAAGCGUCUCCAACCUCUUGUAAGGCCAGGCUCUCCACUGCUCGAGGCAUUGGAAUGGCGAGGGGUCAGCUCGGGUCUAGACAUUGCCAAGAUUCUGAAGACAUGCCAAAACCUCAUGCCUCAGGAGCUGUCGGAAUUCCACGGUGACUCUCACAGCAGUGGCGCGUGGAAGGUGGUUUACCUGGAUUUAGCUGCGCGUCAACGUACGCCGCCCGCGCCACCGCCACCUUCCAAAGACUUUCCGCCGCUCGACCGUAGCAGGCGUAGCAGUUCUUACAAGUUCCAACGGAUCCAGGUGACAUCAAUGUCAGCCACAUCUGCGCCGAGAAACCUGCCAUGGAGCAGUGCUAGUGACUCUUCUAGUGAGGAAAUGCAUGGCGUUCUCGACCUACCCUACAAGAAGGCUCUCCACAGCUCUGGCAAGCCUGAAGGUGGUCGACGACGCAGGGGCUCUGGAGGGAAGGGAGCGAGGGGACCGCGUGGGGGGGCGGUGCCUCCAAAGUCGGCUGCGUGGCGCAAGAAAUCCAGCGCGCCAAGAAUACGAAAAAGCGGAAAGGCGGGCGAGGGGUCAGAUGCUCGGCGAGGAACAAACGGUGGAGGGGAGGAUGCUGCUCCAGAUUUGCCACGAAGACCGCCACCGGUAGUUGCUGCAGAUGUGAAGGCACGACCCAGCCCUUUCCCGUCUUCAGCACGGCCGGAUUCAAGGAGAAGCUCGAUGUGCUUGGGAAAAUUGGCCACGAGACGGUCACAUUGCCGGUUAUUGUUGUAGCAUUGGCAUUUUCGACUGCCCGGGCUUUUCGUUAGCGUAUGUUCUUUGCAUGGUCGACGUACAAGCUCGUGCUUCCGACUGUAAAUAUUCAAUAGGAUACACCGAGGA